AGUCUUGCCAGACCGCCUGGGUUUAGCAGCCACGUGAGUUCUCCGUGGCGGUCCUUACACGCAAGGUGGGCAGCAUGUCGGCGGCAGCGGCGGCUCGAAAACGCGGAAGGUCGGCCUCGGGGGCCGGGGCCGGUGCAGGGGUCGGCAAGCGGCGGCGGAAGUCUCAGGCGGAUUCUGCCGGGGAGAAGGGCAAGUCCAAGGGAGGCGGCAAGAUGAAUGAGGAGAUCUCCAGCGACUCCGAGAGUGAGAGGGUCCCAAUGCGAGACCAGUGAGAGCUCCCUCAUUGGCAGGGACCUGAGCACAGGCUGGACUGGCUGCCUAGCUCCCAGGAGGACUGAGGAGGAAGAGGAGGAGGAGCUGGAGGAGACAGCCCAGGAAAAGAAGCUGCGCUUGGCCAAACUCUACUUGGAGCAGCUCAGGCAACAAGAGGAGGAGAAGGCUGAGGCCCAGGCAUUUGAGGAGGACCAGGUGGCAGGGCGCCUGAAGGAGGACGUGCUCGAGCAGAGAGGCAGGCUGCAGAAGUCGGUGGCAAAGGAGAUUCAGGCCCCAGCCCCAGCUGACAUCCAAGUCUUGCGGGGGCACCAGCUCUCCAUCACAUGCGUGGUCAUCACCCCCGACGACUCAGCCAUCUUCUCUGCUGCCAAAGACUGCACCAUUAUCAAGUGGAGUGUUGAGAGCAGACGGAAGCUUCAUGUGAUCCCACGAGCCAAGAAGGGUGUGGAGGGGCAGCCCCCCGGCCACGGCAGCCACAUCCUCUGCAUGGCCAUCUCCUCUGACGGCAAGUACCUUGCCUCGGGUGACCGCAGCAAGCUCAUUUUCAUUUGGGAGGCCCAGAGCUGCCGGCACCUGUACACUUUCACGGGACACCGGGACGCUGUGUCGGGGCUGGCCUUCCGCAGAGGCACCCACCAGCUCUACAGCACGUCCCACGACCGCUCUGUGAAGGUGUGGAAUGUGGCGGAGAACUCCUAUGUGGAGACACUCUUUGGGCACCAGGACGCUGUGGCCGCGCUGGAUGCCCUGAGCAGGGAGUGCUGCGUGACGGCCGGGGGCCGAGACGGGACGGUGCGCGUGUGGAAGAUCCCGGAGGAGUCCCAGCUUGUCUUCUAUGGCCACCAGGGCUCCAUCGACAGCAUCCAGCUCAUCAAUGAGGAGCACAUGGUGUCGGGUGCAGAUGAUGGCUCUGUGGCCUUGUGGGGCCUCUCUAAGAAGCGGCCACUUGCCCUGCAGCGUGAGGCCCAUGGGCUGCGGGGGGAGCCAGGCCUGGAGCAGCCCUUCUGGGUGUCAUCGGUGGCAGCCCUUCUCAACACGGACCUUGUGGCUACAGGCUCCCACAGCUCUUGCGUGCGGCUCUGGCAGUGUGGGGAGGGCUUCCGACGGCUUGACCCUCUCUGUGACAUUCCCUUGGUGGGCUUCAUCAAUAGCCUCAAGUUCUCCACCUCUGGGGAUUUCCUGGUGGCUGGGGUGGGGCAGGAGCACAGGCUUGGCCGCUGGUGGCGCAUCAAAGAGGCUCGGAACUCCGUCUGCAUCAUCCCCCUCCGCAGGGCCCCCAGGCCCCCCACUGCCGGCUCCUGACUCCUCUCCACUUUAUUUAAGUCCUUCCCAGGCCAGGCCCUGCCCUCUUUGUAUUAAAAGCCUCCUCUUUUGGG